GGGGGACGGGUCCUUGCUAGUGAGGGCUAUCUUUGGCUGCGUGUGGGUGCUCCGCUUAAUUAUACAAGCUAGCUAAUGGUGAGAUCAGAUCGCACGGACGGCCGACACGCGUCUAGGACCUUAGUAAUAGGAGAACAUCAGGGUGUCUUCUCUGGGAUCAAUGGAUGCAACAGUAAUGUGGAUGUACACGGCGCUCAUCUGGGUGACUCUUAUAGAUUUUUCAGAGAGCAAAAGGCAUUCUCUUCAGGACUACCAGAAGAGAGAUGGGCUUCGCCUAAUAAGGCCGGACAGGACCUUCCCGACCAAAAGCCGAAGUCUCAGUGUGGUCAAAUGUGCCCGUAGCUGCAGCUCAAGCAAGCGGAUGCCCUUCACGUGCAGAGCAUUCUACUUUGACCAAAAAAACAGGAAAUGCCAUUGGCUUUCAUUCGACAGCUACACUCCAGGAAUCCAGACCGACCAUAACCUCAACUACGACCUUUAUGAGAAGAAAGACUAUGUCAAACAGUGCAUCACUGGAACCGGGCUGAACUAUAGAGGGACGAUAUCAGUAACGAAAACGAAGAUCAAGUGCCAGGCUUGGGCCUCUACUAUGCCUCAUGACCACAACUUCCUGCCAGCCAGAAAUAAGAAGGAGGACCUACGGGAGAACCACUGCCGUAACCCGGACAACGAGACGACAGGCCCCUGGUGCUUUACCACCAACCCCCAGAUUCGACACCAGUCCUGCGCCAUACCCCAGUGCUCUGAGGUGGAAUGUGUGACAUGCAAUGGAGAGAGCUACAGAGGCCCGGUGGACCACACAGAGAGUGGGAAGGAGUGUCAGCGAUGGAACCUCAUGGAGCCACAUCGACACCCAUUCCACCCUAAAAGGUACCCCGACAAGGGCCUGAAUGACAAUUACUGCCGCAACCCUGACAGCCGCCUUCGGCCCUGGUGCUAUACGUUGGAUCCCAAGACACCCUGGGAGUACUGCAACAUUAAGCCGUGCGAGCCAGAUGCCAAGGCUGAUUCAGACACCACGACGACAUGCUUCCGCGGUCGGGGAGAGAUGUACCGCGGGACAGUGGGCGUGACCCCCAGCGGGAUGAAAUGUCAGCGCUGGGACUCUCAGUUUCCACACAAUCACUCCUACAGCCCCCAGAAUUACAAGUGCAAAGACCUGAGGGAGAACUACUGCAGGAACCCAGAUGGAAAUGACCUUCCCUGGUGCUUCACUACAGACCCCAAAGUGCGGAAGGCUUUCUGCACCAACAUUCCUCGGUGUGGCACUGAGACUGCUGAAACAGAAGAUUGUUAUGAGGACAAUGGUCAUAAAUAUCGGGGCCAUUUGUCCAAGACGAGGUCUGGGAUCCAGUGCGCUCCAUGGGAUGACCACAGCAGAAGCUGGGAGCAGAAUUCGACGGUGCUCAACGCGGGACUGGAGAUGAACUUCUGCAGGAACCCGGACAAUGACAAGCACGGGCCCUGGUGUUAUACAAACGACUCGUCCGUACCUUGGGACUACUGCAUGAUUAAGCCCUGUAAAUUACCACCCAGCCCUGGGAAACCAAAAAGUGACGUGUCAAACGUAUCCUGUUUCGUUCAUAUAAAAACACGGAUCAUAGGGGGAGAUCAGGUCAAAAUCAAGGAGGGCAGCUGGAUGGUCAGCAUUCAGAAAGGAAACAGUCACUGGUGUGGUGGCUCUCUGAUCCGAGAGGACUGGGUACUCACAGACCGGCAGUGCUUCUCUUCCUGCGUUCCGGACCUGACCGAGUACAGCGUACGGAUGGGAUUUGUCAACCUCAAUGCCUGGGACAGGAACGUGUCCAGGAAGCAGGAGCUGAAGAUCUCCCAUGUCAUCUGUGGCCCAGAGGGCUCCAAUCUGGCCAUGCUCAAAUUAUCUCAGCCCGCCUUUCAGUCCGAGUACGUCCGGAGGAUAGAGUUACCGGUGGCAGGAUGCAGCAUGAAGGAGGGAACUAACUGUACCGUUUUCGGAUGGGGAGAAACCAAAGGCACCGGGCAUGAGGGAGUCCUGAAAGCGGUGCAACUACCAAUAGUCAGUAAUGAAAAAUGCCACUGGUACCACCGAGGGAACCUGCCGAUAACUGAGACAAAAAUCUGUGCCGGCGGAAUUAAGGACAAAGGAGUGUGUGAGAGAGACUACGGCGGACCCCUGAUGUGUCAAGAAGGCGGCAGUAAGGUCAUCCUGGGUGUCAGCAUUCACGGCAGAGGCUGCGCCAGGGCUAACCGGCCCGCCAUCUUUGUCAACGUGCCCUACUACACCCAGUGGAUCCACAAGGUCUUCAGAUACUAUUCAAACCUCGAGAACAAUUACUAAGGGGCCACCCUGAAGUCCCUCUUUGUUUCUGACCAUUAAUUAUAUGGUUAUUUAUUUUUUUUAAUGAUAAUGACAUCUGUGAUGUUAAUGACUCACUUCAAAAAUCCCUGAUUUGGGGGUUUUCUGUUGUCCUUUUCAGCUUCUGCGGUGAUAUUAUUUAUUUCCUUAGCAAACCUCUUCUCCCAAAAUGAGUGCAUUCCCCUUAAACUUUAUUGACCCCAAACCCUGACUUCAGAUGACAGUGCCUCAUGUCAGACAUCUCAGUGCGUCUCGGAAGCUGCGGUAUUAAGCGAUGCGUGGUGAUGUGUACAGUGCCGUCUUCUGUCUGUAAAUAUUUGAUAACAUCCCAAAUCAGCCAGCUCUUUUUCUGCCUGAUUGUGGUGAGACUCUUUUGUAGAGCGAUGUCGUAGAGCAGAGGCCCGGAUGUAUGGCUGCUGUGUGAUUCCACCUUCCGACUAAGCAGCUUUGUACUAUACUUCAUAUACUAUACUUUAACUAUACUUCAGAGUUAUGUGUGUCGCCAUCACAUCAUACUGUUGUAGGUCUUAUAGACUUCUAUUAUGCCAGCGGUGCAUCUAAAUCGAUCUCUUCUUUAGUGUCUGCAUUAUCACUAGUAGAAUAGUCAUUAUACACGUAAAUCCUGUGAUUUUUAUUUUCUUUUAAAUUAGUGCUAUUUCUCGUCUUCUGUCUUUCGAAGGUAUCCAUGUACGCAUAAAUGAAUUUUUUUGUCGAUAUAUUGUUGAAGUGGGUCAGCCCCAACUUUUUUUUUUUUUGUAAAUGUCACAACAUGACAACAUAUUAGACGAUCGCAAACCUGCGUAUUAUUGAGUUUUCGCCAGCUGCACUUUCCUGGACGACUGACGGCGUGCACUUCAUCAGUGUUCCUCCUCUCCAUGUCCCUCUUCCCAGCGACUAUAAUAAAGUUUUGAACGAUGUAUGAAUUUUUACAUGUACAUAUUUUUCUCCAGUGAAAAGAUGACACUGAUGAUAUACAAACACCAGAAACAAUGUCAGCUGAAUGGACAAUACACAACAAAAGCCACAGAUCAGUUUGAGGAAAAUUGCAGUAUGUGUUACUACAGGGCACAAACAACCGACUUAGUAUUUCUAUAUAAUUACUUAGGUUUGAACAUUAUUGUUUUUUUGCUUAAAACUACUGAGAAGCGUAAUAUUAUGCAACUCUUGCAUGUUGUGUCUAUUUGUGAAUGUAUUUUUGUCUGCUAAUUAACUUCAUGUGGAGGUGCAUGCAUAUUUAGAAAAUAACAGCUUCUUCCCAGCUUUUCCCAUUCUGCGGGUCAGAAUGUAUAGUGCUAAUGUAUUUAUGUACGUAUCUUCAUCUUUCUGAGCCGACGAAACUAUCGAGGGAGUCACCGUGCGUUUUUGUUGCAGAGAUUUGAGCUUUCGCCCAAAGAAUUGUGAGGGAAAUCGACACUGCUCGUUAAAGGCAAACACACUUCAGUUUAAUUUUAGCCAUAUAAACAGUGUGUUAUUUUCUCGUUAGUCCCUUUAAUAUAUGCUACAUCUACAUCACAGGGGAGUGGUCUUACAAGGCUUAGGUCCCCAGUCCCUUUUUUGACAUUUAAAGUCAACUUCCCUGUAUUAUGAUACAUGAUAGGCCCAGGUCAUGGACUAAGCACUGGGUUACUUCUAACCAUAGAACCUCCCUAGAACCCAUAGUGUGUGUGUAUGUAUGUAUGUAUGUGUGUGUGUGUGUGUGUGUGUGUGUGUGUGUAUAUAUAUAUAUAUAUAUAUAUAUAUAUAUAUAUAUAUACACACACACACAUAUGCCUGUUAUGUUCGUCAAAAGAAUAGCAGCUAUAUAUAUAUAUAUAUAUAUAUAUAUAUAUAUAUAUAUAGUUGUAAUGUCUUUGAUGAAAAUAACAUGCAUAUGUCCUUGUGUGUGCGUGUAUCUGCACUGGGGGCAGAGUUGCAUAGCCACAGUUUUUGGUUUAACUAUAACCACGUCUAUGAUUGUAUCAUUGUCUAUAAAUGUCUUGUUCAAAUCUAGUAUAUAAUAUUUUUUGUUCCGCCAGCAAUGGUUUCAUUCUACAACUUAAUAAGAAGACUUUGUAUGUGCAAAAGCUGCUAUCAGGAAUAACACACUUUGAACAGUUUAUAAUAAAAGGUCAACUUUAAA